AUGGCACGGCCUCCUGGGCACAGCCUGCUCUGCUCAGCACGCUGGGCGUCUUGGCACCGGCCACGUCGCCCGGGGCCCGGCAGCACUCUGAUUUUCACCAAGGAGGGCGCCGUUCGGAAGUGUGGCUGUCCCGUGGCCCUGUGGGACUGUGACUACAGUCUGGCCAGCCUCCUGUGCAGCUGCCGAGCGGCCCUGCCUGUCGGGGAGCCAGCCAGCUACAGUGGCCAUCUGACCGUCUGGUUCGCGGACUCCUCCGCCCUGGGCCUCCUGCUGAACUUCAUGCUGGUCCGGGACCUGAAGCUGUCCCUGUGCAGGGCCAGCCCUCUGCCCACUGAGUACCUGGCCGUCCGUGGCCUGGAGAGGCUCCGCAUCCACACCGAGGCCACGCGUCCCGACCAGAGCCUGCUCCUCCACAGCGCGCCUGGGGAGAGGCCCACGCGGCCCGCAGGCUGGCAGCCCUGCGCCGACGUCUCCUUCCUAGACAUGGCCCUUUUCCACGGGGUGUCCCUAAGGCUGUACAGUGUGGAAAAUGUUGACAACAUUGCCGGUCACUUCCCCUACUUUUCCCACUUUGGAACCUUCCCAAGUCUAAGCAACAAAAGCUACGUUGUCACAUUCAUUUACUAACGCGUCAGUGUCCAGCCCCCGGGAACUCUGGCCCACU